AUGGCAGAAAAGAUGGAUACAUCACACAAACCAAACCCGCUCGAGCAGAAAACCAAUGCCCACAUAGAGAAGGUGUUUCUGAUCACGCUGAACAAGAACCCGCAGAAAAACAAACAGCUGGUGUACGUGGAGGACGUGGCGCAAGGUGUUGAAAGCGGGCUGCUCGAUCUGGACGUGCUGGAGCAGGCACUGUUCGAGCGGCUGAUGCUGUUCAAUCCAUCCGAGUAUCUGAUACCGAACAACAUAACGACGGCCGAAACGCCCCAGAUCGCGGAAACGAAAGCCAUCCUGUAUCUGUACGGGUGCUUCGAGCGCAAUGAAAAACCAGUCGAACCAACCGAUAGCGUAGCGUUGGACAACCAGCGAAAGAUGAAAGCGCUCAUACUGCGCAACGUGUGCACCUCCCUCAAGCAACCGGAACUGUACGAGGGCCAGAACCUAUCGAACCAGGUGCUGGACAUUUUCAAACAGUCCGACACGGACGAUUACACCGUCGCGGCACGGUUCGUAUCGGAAGCGGUGAACGAAAUCUUUGCCGAUUCGGAAACGGAAUCGGACGGGUUCGUCGUGAUACGGGGCAUAUUUGGGCCAAUUUUUGUGGUCGUCAUGAAAGCGCUGCGUGCUGCCUCACUAAUCACGAUCGAGCGCUGGGUGAUGCCGUUCCUGCAGGUGUUUCCGAGCGACAAGAACAACCCUCGGUUGGCGCUCAUUUUUCUCGGCUACACUACGCCACCGCCGGAUUCGGACGGUAUUAAAUACUCCGACUCGCUACUCGGUCAGCUGCUUUCGCUAUCGAUCAUGCCGCGCAACCAUAAUGGACCGUACGAGUACUACGAGAAUCCGCUCACAACGAACCGUUCCGCGGUCGACAGCCUGUCGUCGAACCUGUGGAACUACACCAAACUGCACCUCGGCCGGAUGCAUGCGUUCGUGAAAAGUUUCCUUCUGCUCGGGGGCGAUGUGCGCUCAAAGAUGCUCGACUGGAUCGGCAGAUGUCUGCAUGCGAAUGUACCGCGCGGUCAGAUCUGGAACACCCACCACGGGAUGGGUAUGUUCGGCAACCAAACGACAUCGCCCGAUUCGUUCAGCAUCAAUCUGGCCGGUGUGUUGCUGCAUCUCUGCCAGCCACUCCUCAAGCCCCAGCUGAAGGUGCUGAUCGUGGACCCGACCUACUGUGCCGUUAAGGAGGCGGACAAGGAAACCAAAGCAGUGCACAUGCUCGAUGCGGAGAAGGAAACCUGUCUCCUGCCGCUGGAAGAUGACAAGGAGCAACGGCUCGAAGCAGACCGGUACAACUUCGUGACGGAGUGUUUCUUCAUGACGCACAAAGCGAUCGACCUUGGGUACCGCGUAUGCAUCGAGAAGUUUUUCCGCAUGAACCGUGAGCUGCACCGGCUGCAGACGAUGUACUACGACAUGAUGGCACAGAACGGUGCGGACGUACCGAGCGAUCUGAUGCAGAUGGUAUCCUCCCAGAUGCAGCAAUUCCUGUGUCUGCAGAAUGUGCUGCUGGAACCGGAAACGGACGAGCUGCUGUUGCAGUUUUACGAAGCAUCCGCCAUCUGGCUCACACAGCUGAGUGCCCGUGACGCAUCGCUCAUCGAUACACUCGAUCGAGCGAAAGGUUUUUCACCCCAGACACAGCAACCGGUGAAGCUGCCCCUGAACGGUGUGUCCGUUUCACGCGUGCUCAAGUGCAUUCCCGAGUACAUCAUCGAGAACAUUGUCGGUUAUUUGCAGUUUUCCCGUCACUUCGACAGCCGAUCGCUCCGGGUGGAUGUGGAUGCGCAAACGUCGAUCUUCACGAUGAUACUGAUAUUUAUGGGCAGCUCGGAACGUAUCCGGAAUCCCCAUUUGCGGGCCCGAUUGGCGGAAGGGCUCGAAAGCUUACUGCCCAAGGAUUCGGAACCGGCCGGGUUCAGCCUUAGUGCGACCCUCUUUACCAACCAUCCGCACCGACUCGAGAUCAUUCCGAACCUGUUGCGCGUGUUCGUUAGCAUCGAGAUGACCGGGCAGAGUGUACAGUUCGAGCAGAAAUUCAACUACCGUCGACCGAUGUACGCCAUCAUGGACUACCUGUGGAAGAUCGACGAACAGAAGGAGUGCUUCCGUGCGCUGGAACGGGAAGCGAUCGAAAACAUCGAAGCGGAAGAUCCGCCCAUCUUUUUGCGCUUCAUCAAUCUGCUCAUUAACGAUGCCAUCUUUCUGCUGGACGAAUCGCUGAGCAACUUGCAGCAGAUCCGUCAAAUGCAGGGUGCACAGGACGGUGGCGAAUGGGAAUCGUUGGCACAGAACGAACGGCAACAGAAUGUGGCUAAUCUGCGCAAUUUGGGCAUGCUGGCACGGUUCGACAACAUUCUCGGCCGCGAUACGAUUAACAUUCUGCAGCUGCUAACGUCCGAGACGAAGUCGAUCUUUUGCCACUCGUCGAUGGUGGAUCGGGUGGCGGCCAUGUUGAACUACUUCCUGCUGAACCUGACCGGACCGAAGAAGGGUAACUUUAAGGUGAAGGAUAAGCGCGAGUUUGAGUUUGAUCCGGCCCGGACGGUGCUGGAGAUCUGUCGAAUCUACGUAAAUCUGUGCGAGUGUGAUGCGUUCUGUCUCGCCGUGUCACAGGACGGUCGGAGCUAUAGCCCGCAGCUGUUUGAGUACGCGGAGCAGGUGCUCACACGCAUCGGUGGUGGUCAGUUGAUUGGGGAGAUGCAAGAAUUCUCCCAGAAGGUGCAGCGUAUCGAGAAGCAGCAAAAGAUCGACGAAGAAGCACUGAUUGAUCCACCGGACGAGUUUCUCGAUCCGAUCAUGUCGUCGCUCAUGGCCGAUCCGGUCAUACUGCCCAGUUCGCGCAUUACCGUUGACCGUUCGACGAUUGCGCGCCAUCUGCUGUCGGAUCAGUCCGAUCCAUUCAAUCGAUCACCGCUCACGAUGGAACAGGUGAAGCGAAACGAUGAGCUAAAGGCCAAAAUAGACGCUUGGGUGCAGGAGAAACGCGCGAGUCAUGCAGCAACGAUGGCUGCUGCUGCUGCUGCUGCGGCAACCGGUGCGAGCAGCGAACAACCAACAACUCCCGUUACGCCAACGGCGGCAGUAGCGAUGGAUGCUGACGAACCUGCCGAGGAGGACCAACAGUAG